ACUCUAUGACCGGGGAAUGCGUAGGCGAAGUCAUUUGUUAAUGAAUGUUUUGUUUUUACUUUGCCCCAUUCUAAUGUGGGUAUCAAAAGAUUUAAUGCAGUGAACAUUGUAAAAAGUAAACUGCGGAACAGGAUGCCUGGUCCACUUAUAAAUGCCAUUAUUUUUAUUAAAAAAAUAGGCUUAAAGUUGUUGAUGCAAAGUGUUUCAACUAUGAAUUAACAAGCGAUGUCAUAGCAGCUAUUAUUAGUCAAAAGUUUAGCGGAAGUUGGUGGUUUUCUUAUUAGUAAAAUAUCCGAAAUCUGGCGACAUUUUUCUCUUGACCAAAAAGGUCUAGACACCAGGCCAUAAACUCCUAGGGCCUUAAAAAAAUCGGAGGUGGCAACACUGUUUAUCUGUCUAACUGUGGACGAAACUAAAAAUAGCUAAAAUUGAUGAAUUUAUUGUUUCCAUAACAACAAGUAAGCAAUAUGACGAAAAAUUCGAUAACCUUAGAUGUUGAUCCCACAAUUAUGGAGAAAAAUAUGAGGAUCGUAAAGGAAACUCCUGUGGAAGGAGAGCUGAAAAAAUUACUAUCCUCGGUAGAUACGGUACCUUCACGGCUUGUUAAACCAACGCCAGGUUUUUGCGUCAAGACAACGAGGAUUCCAGACAACAAGAAAGUAUUUGUAAAUAUAUGUCAAACUGACGCCAUACCAUGCCCUAGAGACAUUACAAAUGAUGAGUUAAUGUACAUAUUGAGCUCAGAGGAUCCCUCCAGCUACAGAGUGCCCAUGAGUAUUGGGGAAGGUCGGACUGAACAUGAUAAAUCAGGUGCACCGGCAACUGCUUACGAUGUGGCUGUCAAUCCAGAGUUCUUCAAGAAAAUUGAGAAAGAUGAACUUUUCCAAACAUUUUUUCUCACCGUUGUGUUUGAAGGAUUACAGGAUAAAUAUCAAUUUGAAAUAGAUAUGCAGAAGUUCACAAUAUUGAAGAAUAGGAAAUCCAUAGGAACAUUGCAAUCACAUAGGAUUCAGAUUCGAGAUAUACAACAAACAGAAAGUAAAAUCAAACCUCCACUUAUUGAGGAAAUUAAAGGCAAAGCAUUGUCAAGAAGUGAAGCAGCUCAUAGAAAGAAUGAAAUUGUGUUUAGACUUAGAAGAGAGCCACCAACAGGGGAAAUUGAGUAUUUGUUAGCAGAAUUUAAAAUACCAGCUUCAGUAGAGGUAAAAGAUUUGAAUUUAGAAGUUGGUGAAGAUAGACUUGUAUUAGAUUCAAAAGGAGUUUAUGAACCAGUAGACUUCUUUUUGCCAUGUAGUGUUGACCAAGAUAUUAUUGAUGCACAGCUAGACAGAAAUAUUGAUAUUCUCUCAGUGAAGAUGCCUGUAAUACAUUGAAAUGGUUAAAGUUAUGUUAUUUGAAUAAAAGUCUGAACUAA